AUGGCCUCGCAGCCCAUUCCGCAAACACAGAUAGAUACUUCCCCCAACCAAGCAGCCAGCACAGCAAACCCGCGGUGGCCAACGAUGGUCGACGGCAAAAGGAAAACAAAGAAGCGAGUGCGCAACUUCACGCCGGCUGAUCGCGCCGCCCAUCGAGUGUUUGAAAAGUCGCGACGAGAGGCUUUUAACGACCAGCUCAUGGAACUCGCACGGCUGAUCCCCGCUAUAUCUUCGGCUGCGCGACUCUCCAAACACACCAUAGUGAAUGAGAGCAUUGCCUAUCAUCGCGCACAAGACAAACAAUGUCUAGCCGGAAUACGCGGGAUUCAAGCAUUGCUAGCUGAGCGCGACGAGCUUCUCGAAGAAGUGAAUUCGCUUCGCGUGCUCUUGCAACCGGGCGCCAUCACCACCACUUCCGCCGGUCGAGUUGCGCGGCCGCUGGCAGACGAGGUUGUAGAAUUCGUGAGACGGGAAGCAGAAAUCAAUAGAAUAAAUAGCGAGGCAAUGAUACGACAAUCAAGGCAGGAUUCGUGUUCGACCACGAGUCCGGACCAGAAUAACUACAGCCCUGAUGGCGACACGACAAGAAACAGAGCAAUGGAAAUACAUCAACAGCACCACCAACAAAGCCAUUUAGAUAUGUUGGCUGGUGGGCCCGAUCUACUAGGUGACGUACCAGAGGACUUUGACUUUUGGGAGGACAUUGAUCCUACACAGGCAAUUCCGUCGGGGCUACAGACGAGUGCAUUUGACUUAGAUACGGCUAUAAAUAAUGAGCCAAUUCCCAUGCCACAACGCCUAGGCGAGAACAGUAUGUUUCAUGGCACGUCUAGUGCCUUUCCCUACCCCAACCACCUUGGCCAAGAAGGUCUAAUUGCCCAAAUGGGCCCUCUCGAGCUUUCAGCAUUUCCUGGAACAUCGGGCAGGCCCGAGUCUACGCAAAAUCCAAAUUCGAACAGGACUGAAAUGACGCAAAUGAUGUCUCUUUAUUGA